GCGCUCGGAUGCGAUAACUCUAUAGUGACCCUCUAUGACGAAUAUCCCAUGGCUUUCUUCGGUUUCGAAACCAGCAAUCUAGAGCAAGAGAAGGAAAAGUUCCUGUCGGGCAAGUUGAACGAUGAAGGGGUUGCCGAAUACACAUGGGGCGAGGACAGCUAUGAUGGUCUCGGGGAUAUACUGCAGGAGCAGAAGGAUGAAUUGAAUGAUGAGACUUUUGGUGUCGGAGACGUCGGCAAGGACUUCGACUUCACGCAGCAAGUCCUGCCGGAUGAUGUCCCUCCUGAGAUGCGAAAGGCCGCGGCCACGCAACCUGCCAACGGUCAUGCUCAGGAAAGGUCAUUUUCUCCUCCACAGAGCGAACAACAUUCAUCGCAAGCGCCGCCGUCCUUGCAGUCCCUCUGGGAUAACAAGUCCCCGUUCUCUGUUCUCCCGCGCACGUCCGGCAAUGCUGUUCGUCCUUCAGAGCACCACCCUCGACAUGCUGGGUCGCCCGAUCAGUCGCCAUUCCUGAACCAAUCUCAGUCGACACAAUCUACGUUCUCUCCAUUCUCUGAUGUGCCCGGUCCUGUUCGGCAGUCUCCUGCUUUAGCCUAUGAGCCGUCGUUGUCUCGAGUGGGCUCUGGCAUGGAGGUCCGGACGCUCCAGGAGAUCGAAGCGGAAAUGAGGGCUGGUGCAAUGCGCGCUCGUGAAACACCUCAACUGCGGCAGCAGCUUCUACAGGCGCAAGCUCGGACGCCUCCUCCAAGGUUGCAUCCACAUGCGCAGUCGCCACGGUUCCAUCAGCUCCAGCAGCAUAUCCUAAUCCAGCAGCAGCAGCAGCAACAGCAGCAGCAGUUGCAAUUGCAGGACUUGCAGGAGCAACUUCGGAUGGAGGAGCUCGAGCGGCAGAUGCGAGCUCAGCAGAUUACUCAACUGCAGCAACAGCAGCAGCAGAUGCUCAUGAGGCGCCAAUCUCCUUCCGGCCCUACGUUAGCCGAGAUACAAGCAGCGCAGCAUCUGGCUCAAUUACAGCAGGAGCAGCGUCGACGCCAACAUUCGCCUGCACUGUCCGCGGAUCAGCGCUACCACAUUUCGCAGCCUGUGGAAGAUAAUUCGCAGUACCUACCACAGAAUAUCCAAAUGCAACAGAGGCUGCUCGCUGAACUGGCGCAUGCCGAGUUCGUACGUGACUACGGCACUCCUCAGACUCAAGAGGAACAAGAAGCCCUAAGGGCGGAAGCCGUGCGUAAGAUCAUGGAGGCAGAGCGUAUGGAGGAGAAGAGGAGACGAAAGGCUGCUAAGAUAGCUCACAUGUCUCGGUACAAUGAUCUGAUGACCCAAUCGGAUAAGGACUUCAUCACGCGGAUACAAGUAUCCCAGCUUGUCACGCAGGACCCGUACUUGGAGGACUUCUAUGCACAAGUAUAUGCGCAGCUAGUCCGGGCCCGAACAGGUUUGCGACAGGAAGAGCAACGGGUGCUAACAUUCGAUUCCGGAGUCGGCGUCGGGCUCGGAAUGCCAGGACAGCGACCUAGUGGUCGCAAGCACAGCGCAGUUCAGCGUAUGGAGGCCCAGGUGGAGCGUAUCGUAAACAAUGCCCGGCAGCGCGAGAAAGAGAAGGGGAUGCAGUCCCUCAACAGCCUGCAAGGCGCUCUGGGUAAGACAGCAGGCCGGAGUUAUAAGGCAGCUCCGCGGCAAUUGCUUCAAGUAGACUCGCCCAAGCCAAGUACCACCGGAAGUCAUCUUGAUGAGGAGGAGAGGAAAAAAGCAGGGGAGCAUGCAGCACGGGAAGCCGCUAAACUAGGGAGGGAAGCGCUUGAACGGACUCACGAUACACAGGAUCUUGUCAGGAAAGACCCGCUGAACCGCUUUGACGUCCUAGUGAUCCUUGAACGGCUGUACGAUCUGGUCUUGCGAGUGGGGCAAUUACCUUCGGAUGAGCCAGAUGAGGAUGGCGCCGGAGAUGCUGAGGAGCGGCCUGAGAAACUCGAGAGGAAACAGCUCUUGGAAGAAAUUUACGACAAUCUGAGGGUCAAGCUUCCUAUUGAAACGAGUGAUCCUCACCCGUUCAUCUCCCUCAUUGGUCCAAUAAAAGGGAAAAGACUCAUUCCUCGCAUAUGGCCGCAUCUCGAGCAUGACCAAAUGGCCACUAUCCUCACGCUGCUCAUAGCAUGCUUCUCUCAGCUCGACGUCGUACGACAUGCAUUUAUCCUUGAUUCCUUGGAGGAUACGCCACAGAGAAGGGAGGUGGAUCAACAAACCACAGCUUUCAGCCAAUGCGUGAUGCAGAGCAUCGUGGGACUCAUCUCCAGGACUGAUCUAAAACUUUUGAAUGGAUUGGUCGGCCUUUUCUUCAACCAUGAUAUCGUUGCGAUAGCCCGGACGAAGCCCGGCUUGGAGAUGCUAAUGAUAUUCCUGGCUAGGGCAGAGAUGCUCCAGCAGAAUUUCUAUUCGGGCGCGGAGCCUAACGACACCCCAACACCCGAUGACAUGAGACAAUGGCGUGGCCUGUUUGACCUCAUGUUCGACAAACUCACCCCUCACUUGAUCGAACUGUUCCCAUCGGAGCGUGUCUUGCGCGCACAGAGCGGAGGAAACGCGCAGAUCCCACCGGAGUACAUGGAUACCGCUGCAUGGCGGUUCUUGGCCUCCGUGGGUCAGCAGGCGUCUGGUCCACAGCAGCAGAUUCUUGUAACUGCACUCAGGGAAAAGGUGCUGGACCUUGUCAUUGGCGUCAAGAGGGGAUGGGUGGCCGACGAAGAGGAAAGAGAGCUGAAGAUAACGAAUGUGAAUACUUUCCUGCACGCCCUUCAAUUAGAUAGUUCUCAGAUCACUGUACCCUGACCCAUCUUGCUCUGCUUAUCUGGAUUGUAUAUGAGAUACAGAAGUGUAACAUGC